AUGGGUGCCCCCCUCCCCGCCCUCCCCUCCUCCUUCAACUCCAGCGCCGAGGAAGCCGAGCCGGAGGCAGGUGGAGGGGAACUUCUUCCAAUAUCCCCUUCCCCAUCCUCUGUCUUCAUCCCCUCUUCCUCUCCUCCUCUUCCUCCUCCUCUCCAGCCACGACAUCCUAAAAAAAAAAAAAAAAAAAAGGCGGGGGGAGGGGGGCAUGGGAAACCUGCUGGCAGGUGGAAGAAACCGGGAAAUGGAAUCACAUCUCGAAUCCCGCAGAGACUAGGAUUCAGGAAAAAAAAAAUCCCCCCCAAAAUACCCAGCCCCCUAAGGAGGGAGGGCGGAGGGGCGGGCUGCUCUGCCGCACCGGGAGACCCGCUCCGCCCGCAGCCGAGCCAGCGGCUCCCAUCCCGGCAUGGGACGGAAAGGAGAAGGCCCCGCCGGACCGACAGACGGACAGGCGGGCGGGGAUGGCUGCGGGGGGCUGCAGCGCGGCCGGCUAGCAACUCCCUCGCAGCCCCCCGGCGCCUCCCAAGUGUUUCUUUCUGCAUUUAUUUGUCUCCUUUUUWAAAAAGGGAUGAUUUCCCCGGCGGUGGCUGGGACGCGGGUCACGCAGGCCAGCGGGCAGCGGCGGGGGGAGGCGGUGCAGAGGGGGAGGGAUGCUGCCCGCCCUGCCUCCCCUCUGCCCCCGCCGCGGGGCCGGGGCCGGCGGCAGCUCCGCGCCGAGGCGGCGGCGUCGUGGUCCCCGGGUGUAGCGGUGCUCCCUCCUCCCCCUCCUGCCUGCCCUACUCUCCUCCCUCUCUCCUCUGCCCACUCCCUCACUCCUCUCCCUGCUCUCUCCUCUGUCUCCUGGUCCCUCUCUCUCUCUCUCUCUCUCUCUCUCUCUCUCCCUCUCUCCCUCUCCUGCCUUCCCCCCACGUCUCCCCUUUUCUGCUCCUUUCCCCCUUUCUCUUCUCCCCCUGCCCCCGGCCUUUCCAUCCCCUCACCCCCGUUUUUCACGGGGGGGCUUUUUGCUUUGCCAGGGCAGAGCGCGGUGACGCCGCGGCAGCCACCACGGAGAGGACACAGGACCCCCCCUUGGGCCCGCCAUGCCCCUUUGAGGGGGUGGCCUGGACCCCGAGACCCCCUCAAGGCCCGCCGCAGGGCUGCUUCGCCUGCAUCGCCAAGCCCCCAGCUCUCCGGCAAGCUUCGCCUGUCCUGUCUCCUUCUUCUGCCGUUUAUCUCAUGGAGAGCAAGAGCUGCAAAGGGGACAGCYUGCGGCCAGCGGUCCCAUGCAAGCACUCGGUGGAGAAGAAGACGAUGACCAACCCCACCACUGUCAUCGAAAUCUACCCUGACACCACCGAGGUGAACGACUACUAUCUCUGGUCCAUCUUCAACUUUGUAUACCUCAACUUCUGCUGCCUCGGCUUCAUCGCCUUGGCCUAUUCACUGAAAGUCCGGGAUAAGAAACUCCUCAAUGACUUAAAUGGAGCAGUUGAAGAUGCCAAGACAGCCCGGCUUUUUAACAUCACCAGCUCAGCCCUUGCCACCUUCUGUAUCAUCCUUAUCUUCAUCUUCCUGCGAUACCCUCUCACUGACUACUGAGUGAGGCCAACAGCAGCUGCCGCCGCCAAAAUGCCUCUACGCCAGAAGUGUCUGCAGUUUCUUGUAGCAAGGACACAUGAAACAAACCAACCAGUACACCUUGAUUGCCAAAAAAAGAAAAAAAAAAAAGUCAAUUAAAUACAUAAAUAAAAGUUACAUUAGUUUAUCAGCCCAGCUGAGCAUACCCUUCUUGCCCUGAAAUUGUAUGUGAACUGCUGAAGGCAAGGGUCUCACUCUUACACAUGUACAGGAAGAAAAAUAGACCAAGAAAUAUUUAUUUUAUGGCCAACAAGCUGUGUGAAAAGAGUGUGRAAAGCCCAGAGCUAUGCAGGCUUAGUGGCAGGCAGCUGAGCUCUGGGGAGCAGUGGGGCCCUGUGGAGCUGGAGACACAUACAGUGAUGGAUGGGGAUCAUAGCAGGGCUGGCUCAUAACAUAUCAGGUGUGUUCAGACCGCCCCACCACCCCCAGCUUGUGGGRGUUUCUUUUCCUUUUCUUCUCUUGAAUUUCAUUCACUGGUUCAAACAACUCCCAACCCCUGAAGGUGUUAGGAAGUUCAUGCUGGGGAGCCCCAAAGCCUCCAGAGAAACCCCAAAGUGUUAAAGGGCAGGUUUCUCCUUGGGAUCUCCCAGCAAUGCUGAGAAGGAAGGCACCUUCUGGAGAACUCGCCUAAGCCACCUAAGUGGAGUGCUACUGUAUUUCUGUAAACAGUCAAUAAAAAGAUACCUCUGA